GUUCAGCCCCUGCCUAGAUGUCUGGGAGACAGACAACGGCGUUUCCCUCCCCUAUCUUUCCCUGUGAAUUGCUCUGUUAAGUAAACAUCAUCAGAGCCGUGCGAUCCUCCGGGCUGGGAGUGCUGGGUCUCACAUCCGCAUGGCUUUAUGUUCUCGGUAGACGAGACCGUCUUUUCACAAGAAAAGGGAGGGCGCUCCGAGAAAUUGACAAGUUUGGUCAAUUUCUGGAGUUGUGGGAAGGAUUUCCCUGGUCCGUUCGUCUGUUUUCUCUUUCUCUCGCAUUGUCUGCCUGGAUAGAUCUGCCGAUAUACAUUGCCCAGGAUGGGAAUACAGCCGCACGUACUGCUGCUGCAGUGUCUCAUCUCCACUUUUGCAUGCAAUGUCUUCGCUUAUUCCGAGGAAGGUGCAGAUAAAACGGCCAAAUCCGACGGAUAUUGCAGCAGGAUCUUAAGGGCUCAAGGCACCAGGAGAGAGGGCUAUAAUGAGUUUCGGCUCAGAGUGGAGGGGGACCCCGAAAAUUACCAGCCUGGGAGCACUUACAGAGUGACUCUGUACGCGUCCAGCCCUUCCUAUUUUCGAGGCUUUACACUCAUCGCUUUGAAGGAGGGAAAGGAUGGUGACAAAGAUGAAGAUUACGCUGGUAAUUUUCAGAUCAUAGAUGAAGAGGACACUCAGUUCAUGACAAACUGUCCGCCCGCUGUGACAGAGAGCACCCCGAGGAGAAGGACGAGAAUACAAGUGUUCUGGACGGCGCCCCCCGCUGGCAGUGGCUGUGUCAUCCUCAAGGCCAGCAUUGUGCAGAAGAGGAUAAUCUACUUCCAGGAUGAAGGUUCUCUCACAAAGAGGAUGUGUGAGAAAGAGUCGCUCCUUGGCGAGGCGACGGAAAAGCCCAUCCUGGAGUGCUGCGCCUGCGGCACGGCCAAGUACAGGCUGACAUUCUACGGGAACUGGUCCGAGAAGAUACACCCCAAGGACUACCCCCGACGUGCCAACCAUUGGUCAGCCAUAAUCGGGGCAUCCCACUCGAAGAAUUAUGUGCUUUGGGAGUACGGGGGCUACGCCAGCGAGGGGGUCAAACAGGUGGCCGAAUUGGGCUCUCCCGUCAAGAUGGAGGAGGAGAUUCGCCAGAAGGGUGACGAGGUUCUAACUGUCAUCAAAGCGAAGGCGCAGUGGCCAGCCUGGCAGCCCCUCAAUGUGCGGGCCGCCCCCUCAGCUGAGUUCUCUGUGGACCGUUCCCGGCACCUCAUGUCCUUCCUGACGAUGCUCGGCCCGAGUCCGGACUGGAACGUGGGUCUGUCUGCUGAGGACCUUUGCACCAAGGAGUGUGGUUGGGUGCAGAGGGUGGUACAGGAUAUGAUUCCCUGGGAUGCCGGCACCGACAGCGGCGUCACCUACGAGUCCCCCAACAAGCCCACGGUGCCCCAGGAGAAGAUCCGGCCCCUCACCAGCCUGGACCACCCCCAGAGCCCCUUCUAUGACCCUGAAGGGGGCCCCAUUACACCCGUCGCCAGAGUGGUGGUGGAGAGGAUCGCCAGAAAGGGGGAGCAGUGCAAUGUCGUCCCCGACAACGUGGACGACAUCGUAGCAGACAUUGCCCAGGAGGAGAAAGAGGAAGACGACACGCCAGAAACCUGCAUAUACUCCAACUGGUCGCCGUGGUCGGCCUGCAGCUCCUCGACCUGCGACAAGGGCAAGCGCAUGCGGCAGAGGAUGCUGAAGGCCCAGCUGGACCUUAGUGUGGCCUGCCCACACACCCAGGACUUCGAGCCCUGCAUGGGACCCGGCUGCAGCGACGAGGAUGCCUCCACCUGCAUGAUGUCGGAAUGGAUCACCUGGUCACCAUGCUCGGCCUCCUGUGGCAUGGGCAUGCGCUCCCGCGAGCGCUACGUCAAGCAGUUCCCCGAGGAUGGCUCCAUCUGCAGCCUGCCCACUGAGGAGACGGAGAAGUGCGUCGUCAACAACGACUGCGGUCCAAGCAGCUGCCUGGUGACAGAGUGGGGCGAGUGGGACGGAUGCAGUGCCACCUGCGGGUUGGGCAUGAAGAGGCGGGAGCGCAUGGUGAAGAUGCUCCCACCAGAGAGCUCCGAGUGCAAUGCCGAGGUGGCCGAGGUCGAGAAGUGCAUGAUGCCAGAGUGUCACACCAUCCCCUGCAUGCUGUCACCCUGGUCUGACUGGAGCGACUGCAGCGUGACAUGUGGCAAGGGCAUGCGCACACGCCAGCGCAUGCUGAAGUCGCCCGUGGAGCUUGGCGAAUGCAGCGAGGAGCUGGAGCAAGUGGAGAAGUGCAUGCUGCCCGAGUGCCCCACAGACUGCAUGGUGACCGAGUGGUCCGAGUGGUCUGAAUGCAACAAGUCCUGUGGGAAGGGUCACAUGAUCCGAACGCGCAUGAUCAAGGUGGAGCCGCAGUUCGGGGGUGACUCCUGCCCUGAGACAGUGCAGAGGAAGAAGUGCAAGAUCCGCAAGUGCAAACGCGGCCCAGGGGGCGGUGAAGAACGCAAGCGGCGCAAAGAAGCCCGCGAGAAGAGGCGGAGCAAGCAGAGCCGCGAGCCUGAGACCGAUGAACAGCCAGCAGGCUGCAAGAUGAAGCCGUGGUCAGCUUGGAUGGAAUGUACCAAGCAUUGCGGCGGGGGGAUCCAGGAGCGCUACAUGACGGUGAAGAAGCGCUUUGUGAGCAUGCAGCUUGCCAGUUGCAAGGACAAGAAGGAGAUACGCGCCUGUAACGUGCAGCCCUGCUAGGGUGACCUAGCGGGGGGGAGGGGGGGGCGGGCACGCGACUGUGACUGUGUCAGUGAUAUGAUGAUGCACUCUGUUUAGGGCUGUCAUGGGGCAAAAUCGGUCUUGUUUUAACCUGGGUGUCUGUGAACUGCAGGGUCUUCCUGGGGGACCUGGGGCAAAUCUGAGUGAGUCUUUGGUUUGCCCUCACCACCCCCACCCGCCCUCCUCCCUGACAAGUUUGGGCACAGAGUAAGAAAGGGUCAAAGGUUACGCCCAGUACCACUUACAGUACUAGAGCUGUCGGGUCCAUAAGCUUAUACUGAAUAUACAAAUCAUAUAGAAGGAACAGUUUUAUAUGAUAUGUAUCUCAGAACAGGGUCUGGGGGGGUCAUAAGACACAAGGUGAGGCUACAUCCUAGAUGGGAGGGUUUCGUAACUUAUACUUUUCUUUUAUAUGAACUAUACUACUACCACCAAUAACUUUGGCUAUUGUCCAUGAUCAUCAGCCUUGCCUGAAGGAAAACCUUGGUCUUGGGCUUGGGAUCAGGCUGCACCCUAGUGACAGCAUGUGCCUGUAAAGGACUGGGUCCAAUCCCCACCAAUCCAGUACCCUGCAUUUCUGUCCGAGGCUCGCAACCCUACAAAACAGUCACUGUAAAUGUAACCAAGGUGGGCCACUUACAAUCAAUACCCAGCUGAUUGGGAAACAACACAUCUGGUUAAAACAGAUUGAUUUUUCGCUGUGUGUACAAAAACUCUGUUGCAUAUAGAAUUUCUUGCAAGAUUACUGUAAACUUGGUGUGGUAUGUUAUUCAUAAAUAAUAAAAAAAAACAAUCAGUUAAGAAAUAGAGCUGUUAUAUCCUGUGGUAACUUCUUCAAUAGUGUAUGAUAUUCCCGAGACAAAAGCACAGGUAACCAACCAUUCCAGCAUUUUCUACUGGUCAGGAUGCUGUUUUUAGCAAGAAUCUGUUGUGACUUUUUAUUCGACUGUAAUACAUAUAGAGGCUCUACAACUUUUUUAUUACUUUGUGCAUCAUUAGAAAUUUUGUUGUGGAAUUUUGAUAAGAAUGUCAGCCGGCUUCUUACCAAAGUCGUGAGUAGAUGUUUUCUAGAUGUUUCUGACCUUUUCUCCAAACACAGACACACAAACCCACACACACACAUACAACACGUGCUGUCACACACAAAACCUCUCUUUUCGUUCUCUCUCUCUAACAUAUUACUAUUUUGGAAUAAUUCAUCUUUACAAUAAAAGUUAAUGUGAGAAAAA